AUGAGCGAAUCGACCGGGGCGCUGAACAUUGCGCUUGUCGGCCCCUAUACGAGCGGCAAGACCACACUCCUCGAAAGCAUGUUGUUCGUGUCCGGGACGAUUGGCCGCAAGGGCAAGGUCACGGACGGGAACACGGUGGGCGACUGGUCCGACGAAGCGCGGGCGCGCCAGUCGAGCGUGGAGGUCAACGCCGCCACGUUCUCGUAUCGGGACCACCUUUUCACGGUCCUGGAUUGUCCGGGAUCGAUCGAGUUCUUCGCCGAGACCGCCAAUGCGCUCAUGGGUGUCGAUCUCGCCGUCAUCCACGACAUUCCUCACCUCCUGUUCACCAACAGGAUGGACGAGACGGCGAUCCGGAUCGCCGAACUGAUCGAGGCGAUGCAGCCGGUCAGCGACCGUCCCCUGGUGCCCUGCCACGUCGCGAUCCGCGAUGGCGACAACGUCUCGGGUUACGUCGAUCUGAUCACCGGCAAGGCCUACGAAUACCGCGACCAGGAAGGCGCCGUCGGAGUCGACGCGCCCGAAACGGUCUCGGAGCGCCGGGAGGACGCGCGGACGCAACUCCUCGAGAGCCUGGCGGACUUCGACGAUACCCUCCUGGAGAGCCUGCUCGAGGACGAGAUUCCCAAGCCCGAAGAGAUUCAGGCCUAUCUGCGCGGCGUGCUCGCGGAUGCAAGCGUGGUGCCGGUGUUGAUGGGCUCGGCCGAGCGGGAUUGGGGCCACGGCGACUGCCGGCGGGCGCCGCACGGCGCCACGGUCGGGCAGAUCGUCAAGACCUACAUCACCCAGCAUGGCGGCAAGGUCUCGCUCGCGCGCGUAUGGGCAGGGACCAUCGAAGACGGCAUGGUUCUGAACGACGGACAGCGCAUCGGCGGGAUGUACCGCAUGCAGGGCCAACAGCAGAACAAGAUCGACAAGGCGGGAGCGGGCGAGAUCGUCGGUCUCGGGCGGCUCGAAUCCAUCGCCACCGGCGAUACCGUCGCUCCCGCCGACGGGCCCGAGAUAGAGCCGCUCCCGCGCGCGGUGCUACCCUCGUCGGUCUAUGCCUAUGCCGUGCGGGCGAGCCGGCGCGAGGACGAGGUCAAGGUGUCGGGCGCGAUGAGCCGCCUCGCCCAGGAGGACCCGUCGUUGAGCUUCGCGCCCAAUCCCGACACUCAGGAAGCGGUGCUCUGGGGCCAGGGCGAGAUGCACCUGAAGGUCGCGCUCGACCGGCUGGCCGGCAAGUACGGGCUCGCCAUGCGGACCGAGAAGCCCAAGGUCGCCUACAAGGAAGCAAUCCGGAAGCCGGUCGCCCAGCACGCGCGCUUCAAGAAACAGACUGGCGGCCACGGCCAAUUCGGCGACGUGCAUAUCGAGGUUAAGCCGUUGCCGCGCGGUAGCGGCUUCGAGUUCCAGGGAAAGGUCGUCGGCGGCUCCGUGCCACGCCAGUACAUUCCCGCGGUUGAAGCUGGCGUGCGCGAAUUCCUCACCAGCGGGCCGCUCGGCUUCCCGGUCGUCGACGUCUCCGUGACGCUGACCGACGGCAAGCACCACUCGGUGGACAGCUCGGAGAUGGCCUUCAAGACCGCCGGCCGCAUGGCGAUGGCCGAGGCGCUGCCCAAGUGCAACCCGGUGCUGCUGGAGCCCAUCUACGAGGUCAAGAUUUCGGUGCCGAGCGAGUUCACGCCGAACGUCCAGCGGCUGGUGACGGGCCGGCGCGCCCAGGUGCUCGGCUACCGGGCGCGCGAGGACUGGUCCGGGUGGGACGAGAUCACCAGCCAGAUGCCCCAGGCCGAAAUGCACGAUCUGAUCAUCGAGCUCCGCUCGAUCACCCUAGGCGUUGGCACCUUCGAAUCGCAGUUCUAUCGCCUUCAGGAGCUCACCGGGCGGCUCGCCGACGAUGUGCUCGCCGCUGCGAAGGAGGACGACUAA